ACACAACAGUUAAAAAGACCUAAUCAUUUUGUAGUCUAAAUGAACUAAAUCACAUUUAUUUUUAGUAUAUUUUUCACUGAACGUAGGGAUUUAUGUUCAUUUUAAUACACACUACUACCGUUUAAAGGUUAUUUUGAACAGAAAAUAAUUAUUUUGUUCAGCAGGGAUGCAUUAAAUUGUUCAGAAGUGACAGUAAAAUAUUUCUGUUUCCGACAAAUUCUGUUCUAAGUUUAAAAAAUAAAUAAAUAAAAAUAAAUAAGAAUGUAUAAAUAAGAAAAGACUGGAGUAAUGGCUGCAGAAAAUUCAGCAUUGCCAUCACAAAAAUAAAUUACCUUUUUAAAAUAUGUGACCCUGGACCACAAAACCAGUCUUAAGUUGCACGGCCCGGGGUAUAUUUGUAGCAAUAGCCAACAAUACAUUGUAUGGAUCAAAAAUCAUUAGGAUAUUAAGUAAAGAUCACGUUCCAUGAAGAUAUUUUGUAAAUUUCCUACUUUAAAUAUAUCAAAACCUAAUUUUUGAUUAGGAAUAUGCAUUGCUAAGGACUUAAUUUGGACAACUUUAAAGGCAAUUUUCUCAAUAUUUCGAUUUUUAUCAAAAUAUUUUGGUUGAAAGCUUAUUUAUUUAGUUUUCAGAUGAUUUUGAAAUCUCAAUUUCAAAAAAAUUACCAUUAUGACUGGUUUUGUGGUCAUAUAUAUUAAAAUAGAAAACAGUUAUUUUAAAGUGCAGUGCUAUUUAACAAGCUUAGCCAACUGUUUUUACAGUAUUUUUAAUCAAAUAAAUGCAGACUUGUUAAACAUAAUAUGUAUAUAUUAGAGUCAAUUGUGUUUAUAUUUAUUUACACUAGUCAUACUGUAUGGACUACUUGUAUAGGCUUUUGUGGAGACUGACAGAUGUCACUACGAUUGUUUGUCUUUAUCAUUCCAUGGAAACAAAAUACAACAUACAGCUUUUUAAUUUUGGCCAAACUUUUUGUUUAAAACAAAUGAAAUCCAAUUCUUACAUGAGCUGCAGUAAGGACCCAAAUGCAUGGGGGGUGCUGUUGGGGUGGCAUACAUGCAGUGCACUCUGCUUAUCCUGCCCCAAAACAUUCUUAACACAGCCAUGACAGAGACCACUGAGGAAUACAGGCCAUUCGCAGCACAGCUGUCCAAUGUUUACCUCACCAUCCUGACUCUCUUCUGCUUCAAACUUUUCAUUAGAAUUACCCUUAAUCUACUCACACACUUCUACAUCAUCAAAGGCAACCGCAAGGAGGCUGCCCGGAUUACAGCUGAGUUCUAUGAUAAUGGUCAAGGGCAUGGGUCUUGGGCUGACCGCUCUGCUCUUCAUGAUGCUGCCAGCCAAGGACGACUGCUGGCUCUCAAGACCCUCAUUACACAGGGUCACAGCGUGAAUGUGCUGACAAUAGACCACGUUAGCCCUCUUCAUGAGGCUUGCAUAGGGAGCCAUGUUGCCUGUGCCAGAGCCCUGAUAGAUGCUGGAGCCAACGUUAAUGUAACAACUAUAGAUGGAGUGACUCCAUUGUAUAAUUCCUGCUCAGCUGGCAGUUUGGAAUGUCUAGAGCUGCUUUUGCAGAGUGACGCCAGACCACAGGCCCUUGCUAUAUGCCAGCCUUCACCCAUCCAUGAGGCAGUCAGCAGGGGCCACAGUAAGUGUGUGGAGGCACUGAUUGCAUGGGGUGUGGAUGUGGACUACGAAAUCCCUCACAUGGGCACUCCUCUCUACAGUGCUUGUCGAUGUCAGGAGUUCUUAUGUGUCCGCAAGCUGCUCGAUGGAGGUGCAAAUGUGCAGAGAGGCACAAAUUUGGAGAGUCCUCUUCAUGUAGCAGCCCAGAAAGACUGUAUAAGCAUAGUGAAGCUCCUGCUGGAAUUUGGGGCAGAUGUAAAUGCACGCAACCUGGAGUUUAAGCGGCCCGUGGAGGCUGCUCCUCCAGGGAGCCUUACAGAGGGAUUCCUAUUGAUUUAUGAAGCGACACCCCGUUCUCUGUGUCAACUGUGCCGUCAGCAAAUCAGGGAGAGUUUGGGACGUUCCCGACUGUAUCUUUUACCACGUUUGCCCCUCCCUAAAGCCAUGAAGAACUUUCUACAAUAUAGAUAAUGUCCUUCUGUUUGUUUAGUAUUACUGUGUUGACUUAGUAUAAGUAAUAAAAGCUGUUUUACCUUU